AGCAGGACGUCUUUCAUGGGGAUCAGUAGACAGAUUCAGACAUCAGGAUUGACUCAAAAAGGCAACAUGAAAGAAACUCGGAAACCACGUGCAGACGACAAAUUCUGCGGCAUUUCCAGGCUUACGUUAUUUCUGCUGGCGCUGUCACUUGCAUUUAUUGGUAAAACGAUGACUGGUGCUUACUUGAACAGCAUGUACACACAGAUAGAGAAGCAAUUCAAUAUUCCAGCAUCUUUAGUGGGAAUCAUUAAUGGAAGCUUUGAAAUUGGUAACCUGCUGCUGAUAGCAUUUGUGAGUUACUUUGGAGGAAAGUUUCACAGACCCAAAGUAAUUGCUUUGGGCUGCACGGUUUUUGCAUUUGGCUGUCUUUUGACAUCAUUUCCUCAUUUUCUAUUUGGAAGAUAUCAUAUUGAAAGCAGCGUUUCACCACAGGAGAAUUCUUCAGUCGUGCCUCUGUGCCAUGUUAAUCAAAGCUUGUUCUCUUUACCUACAGAGGAACCAUCAACAGUUUUCAGAGGUUUCAUAGCAUGCAGUGAAAUGCUGCCAGCUGCAAUAGUGCCAUCAGCUGAAAUUCUCAUGUGA